AUGGAUAUAGAAAUAGAUACUUCAGAUUUAUAUUCAAAAAAAUAAUCAUAAUUUGAAACGUCAGAAGAGAAAGCAUAUAAAUUAAUGGAAAAGUAAGGAUAUAGAUUAGGAUAAGGAUUAGGAAAAAUGUCUCAGGGAAUUAUUGCACCUAUUAUAGCUUAGAAAAUAAGUGACACUUCAGCAAUUAUAACAUAAAGUACUUAAGAUUUAUCAAGUUUAUUACCGCCAGAGGUUGUUAUGAAAAAAUUUUUAGAAUAAAAAAACUUAACUCCUACACAUGUAAUUUGUUUAAUAAAUAUGGUUUCGCCUUAUGAAAUCGAUGCUGAUUUAGAAUAAGAAAUUACUGAAGAAUGUUUUAAUUUUGGGAAAGUUAUUAAUUUAAAAAUCUAUGUUAUGGCUGCAUAAGAUUGUGAAGAUGCUGUAAGGAUAUUUGUAAAAUAUGAAUAUAUAAAUGAGUCUAUUGUUGCAUUUAUGAAUUUAGAUAAACGAAACUUUAACGGAAGAUAAGUUAUGGCUUAUUUUUAUAAUGAAGAUUUUUUUGAAGUUAAUAAUUUGUCUGAAAAAUUAAUCAAGUGA